AUGGACGUGGAGUACGACGUGAUCGUGCUGGGCACGGGGCUCAAGGAGUGCAUCCUCAGCGGCCUCCUCUCUGUCGACCGCCUCAAGGUGUUGCACAUGGACAGGAAUGACUACUACGGUGGAGACUCCACAUCGCUCAAUCUCAAUCAGCUCUGGAAACGGUUCAAGGGUGAACAAACACCCCCUGCGCACAUAGGAGCUAGCAGAGACUACAAUGUCGAUAUGGUUCCAAAGUUUAUGAUGGCAAAUGGUGCUUUGGUCCGUGUGCUCAUUCAUACUGGUGUAACCAAGUACAUGUCCUUCAAAGCUGUGGAUGGAAGCUAUGUUUUCAACAAGGGAAAGAUCCACAAGGUUCCUUCUACUGAUAUGGAAGCUCUCAAGUCUCCACUGAUGGGAUUAUUUGAGAAGCGAAGAGCUGGGAAAUUCUUCCUUUAUGUCCAAGAUUACAAGGAAGAUGACCGAAGUACUCAUAAGGGUUAUGACCUUACUAAACUAACGACAAAAGAACUCAUCUCAAAAUAUGGUUUGGACGAUAACACGAUAGACUUCAUUGGGCAUGCAGUGGCUCUUCAUAGAGAUGAUAGCUACUUGACAGAACCUGCAAUUGACACUGUAAAACGGAUGAAGCUUUAUGCAGAAUCAGUGGCUCGCUUUCAAGGAGGAUCACCAUAUAUUUAUCCCUUGUAUGGUUUAGGAGAGCUGCCACAGGUUGAAUUUGAUAGUGAAGGCAAAGUUUGUGGUGUUACGUCUGAAGGGGAGACUGCAAAAUGCAAAAAGGUUGUCUGUGAUCCUUCCUACCUACCUGACAAGGUUAAAAAAGUUGGAAAAGUUUUUCGGGCAAUUGCUAUCAUGAGCCAUCCCAUCCCAAAUACUGCUGAAUCUCACUCAGUACAGAUCAUAUUGCCACAGAAGCAGCUUGGCCCGCAGAUCAGACAUGCAAGCAAAUUCAUCGCAUUCGUGUCAGCACAAGCAGAAACUGACAAUCCAGAGAAGGAACUAAAGCCUGGGAUCGAUCUUCUUGGGACAGUAGAUGAGUUAUUUAUCGACACAUAUGACAGAUAUGAACCUAGCAAUGACUCAUCAGCAGACAAUUGUUUCAUCUCAACGAGUUAUGAUGCCACAACACACUUUGAGUCAACUGUUAUGGAUGUACUUUCCCUUUACACAAAGAUCACCGGAAAGACUGUUGAUCUCAGCGUGGAUCUAAGUGCUGCAAGUGCUGCUGAAGAUGAUAUCUGA